GGAAUUACGGAUGUUAGGCCGCUUGAUAAAAUUGCGUCGAAAUUUUGAGAUUUAACUUACGAUUUAAAUUACAGACGUUAUCAUUUGAAUGGGCAAUGCCAUUGACGUCUUAGAGCUUUUAAAUAACCAACUCGAAUUGCAUAUAAUUGGGAGAUUAAUAAUACGAAUUGUCAAUUGUCUCGACGGGGAAAGCCGCGGAUUUUUCACUCGAGACCUAACGAGCCGGAUUUUUGCCUCUUCAACGAUCUCUUCGAUCGCCUACUUCGGAACUCGAGAUCGCAUUACCCUCGCGGCAUCCAUCCGUCACUUCUGUUGCAGAAAUGUGAAGAGUGAAAUUUUUCUUGCAGCAUUAUUGUGGUGUACCUAAGCUAGUUAUAACCUUUAAACAAUUUAACUAUCGUUCCCCGUUUUUACUUUCCAUUUAUUAUAAAAAGAGAGGAGCAGUAGCAUUAGUAUACUAAAUGAAUAAAGUUCUAGAGAAUCCUAAUCCUAAAAUAUAUCCGAAAUUGGAAGAAAAAUUAGGAACUGAUACAGAAUGUGAAAAUAUAAUACGAAAUACAAAUGAAUUUGACGCACGUGGUAUUUUUGAGCUGUUGCGAAAUAUAAAUGAUCCAGAGCAUCCAUUAACCCUUGAGCAAUUAAAUGUCAUUGAGCAGAAUUUAAUCGAAGUGGAUAAUGAAAACAAUGAAAUCAACGUUAAAUUUACACCAACGAUACCUCACUGCAGUAUGGCCACAUUGAUUGGCUUGUCUAUAAGAACGCAACUAUUAAGAACCAUUCCAGGGAGAUUUAAAGUAAGCGUCACCAUUAAUCCAGGAACGCAUAUUGCAGAGAUCGCGGUUAACAAACAACUUGCCGACAAAGAGAGAGUUGCCGCUGCACUAGAGAAUAAAUUUCUUCUUACCGUUAUAGACCAAUGUCUUGAAAAUACUGUACAAUCUUAGUAUUAAUUUUUUUUUAAUGUAGAAAUUAAUUUUAAUUAUAAUUUACUGUAUAUUUAAUGCUAA